AUGGCGAACGGCUGGCUACAUCUUCUCCUCUUGGCCCUAGGCUGCCUGAGCGGUCUGGCCAGGCGAGCCCAACUGGAUGUGCUGUUGGCGGAGCCCAUGCGCAGCAUACCCUUUCUCCAUGUGCUGCUGCGGCGCGAGCAGCUGCAGGAGGAUGCCCGCAAUGGGCAUGCCAUGUGGUUUAUGCAGCACGCCGAUAUGCCGCACAGCGUGCACAGCUACAUGGAGGAGCAGCCGGUAGAGAUGGCCAGCAGCCUGGUCGGCGUGGAUAGCCGGGACAGCUUUGCCCUGGUCAUCAGUCUGGCGCAGUUGAUCUCGAACCGCGGCGCCGCCAGCAUAACAGAGCGCGCCGGCGUCCAUUUCUAUAUAGUGGCUGAUCCUCUGGACAGCCUGAGCCCGGAACAGCAGCUGGAGCUAGCGCAUAGCUGUCGCCAGCUGUGGACCCAGCAUAGAGUAUUCAAUCGGUACAUAAUCACAGAUACCGACAUCUGGAUCUACGAUCCGUUUGCACGCAGCGCACAAUCCUUUGGCCGCAUGGUGCCGUAUUCGGGUGGCGAGGCAUUGCCCCAUCUAUUAUUCCAUGACAUGAAGGGCUAUCCGCUGCGCGUGCAGAUCUUCAAGUCGGUCUAUUCGCGUCCAAAGCUGGAUCCACAGACGGGUCUGCUGCGCCACAUCACGGGCGUCGACUGGGAGGUGGCUAAGAAGAUAGGCCAGCUCCUCAACUUUACGAUGCUGCUGCAGCAGCCGGACAAGAACUAUUUCGGGGAGCGCAGUGCCAAUGGCAGCUACAAUGGAGCCAUUGGCUCCAUACUGAACGAUGGCCUGGACAUUUGCUUGACGGGCUUCUUUGUCAAGGAUUAUCUGGUGCAGGAUUACAUGGACUUUACAGUUACUGUCUACGAUGACAAGCUGUGCAUCUAUGUGCCCAAGGCCAGUCGCAUUCCACAAUCUAUUCUGCCCAUCUUCGCGGUCGGCUAUGACAUCUGGUUGGGCUUCAUCCUAAUGGCCUUUAUAUGCGCCCUCAUCUGGCUGCUGCUGCGUGUGAUCAAUCUACAGCUGCACAUUGUGAGAAUUCGAGGACGCCGUCUGUGGCAGCAGGCGCUGGGCAUUGUGGUGGACACGUGGGUGGUUUGGGUGCGGGUGAAUCUGUCCCAUUUGCCGGACAGCUAUGCGGAGCGCAUGUUCAUUGGCUCGCUGUGCCUGGUGAGCGUCAUCUUUGGUGCCAUAUUUGAAUCAAGCCUGGCCACCGUCUAUAUACAUCCGCUCCACUACAAGGAUAUCAUAACACUGCAGGAUCUGGACGAGAGCGGCCUCAAGGUUGUCUACAAAUACAGCUCCAUGGCCGAUGAUUUGUUCUUUAGCGAAACGUCGCCCCUCUAUGCCAGCCUCAACAAGAAGCUCCGGUGGAAUCCGGAUCUGAAUGCAGAUGUCACCAACGAGGUGGCCACCUUUGGCGGCAAGGCCGGCGUCUCGCGCUACUCCUCGCUCAUGAUGGAGUCAGUCAACUUUUUGCUUAUGCGCCGCAUUUGGGUGGUGCCCGAGUGCCCCAAAUACUACACCAUCUCCUAUGUAAUGCCCAGAGAUGCGCCCUGGGAGGAGGCGGUCAAUGCGCAGCUGCUGCGCCUGCUCAACGCGGGUCUCAUUCCCAAAUGGAUUCAAGAUCAAAAGUACAAGGUGACCGUCCAGACGCGCACUGCUCUCUUCCACGCCGAGGCCGAGGCCAGCCAGAUUCGUGUCCUGACCAUUGGUGACCUGCAGCUGGCCUUUUAUGUGGUUAUUGGUGGCACAAUAAUUGCCUUUCUCGGAUUUCUGGCGGAGCAUGCCUGGGCCAGGCACCGUUUGCAUCGAGCUGCCAAGAAUCUCUAA